AUGAUAAGGGACUUAGGGCUAGAUUAUAAGAAGAUCGAUGCUUGCCCUAAUGAUUGCAUGAUAUAUUGGAAAGAUCACGAGAAUGAUACUUCUUGCCAUGUUUGCGGUGCUCCACGAUGGAAUGAAGAUGUCAAAGGAAAUGAUCAUGUUGAAAAAAAUCAUAAGUCUCAUAAAGUUCCUUCAAAGGUUUUGAGGAACUUUCCGUUGAUUCCUAGACUUCAAAGACUGUUUAUGUGUUCAAAGACAGCUAUCUCAUUAAGGUGGCAUGAUGAAGAGCGUUCGAAAGAUGGGAAGUUGAGGCAUCCUGCAGACGCAGAAGCAUGGAAAGAAUUUGAUAAAUGUCACUCUGAAUUUGCUGAUGAGCCACGUAGUAUAAGACUUGGAUUGGCCAGUGACGGAUUUAAUCCAUUUAGAACCAUGAAUUUGUCUUAUAGUACUUGGCCUAUGGUAUUAAUACCAUAUAACUUUCCACCUUGGUGGUGUAUGAAGGCUGGGUAUUCUAUGUUGUCUUUAUUAAUCCCUAGACCACUUUCACCAGGGAAUAACAUUGAUGUAUACCUUCAACCAUUGAUAGAAGAGUUGAAAGUGUUAUGGAAUUUGGGUGUAGAAACAUAUGAUGCAUCACUAAGUCAAACUUUCCAAAUGCAGGCAGCUCUCUUGUGGACUAUUAGUGACUUUCCUGGGUAUGCUAUGUUGAGUGAGUGGAGUACAAAAGGGAAACUAGCAUGUCCUUGUUGUAACUAUAACACUAAUUCAAUAUAUUUGAAUUAUAGUAAAAAGGUGUGUUAUAUGGAUCAUCGUGUUUUAUAUAGAUUUUUUGUUACUAUUAAACAUUGGAAUUGA